GCUGAAUAACGAGUGUUGGCCUCCUUACCUUUUAAGUGUCUAGAGAUUUCACGAUGGGGGACGGAUCUUGGAAUUUACGUAUUUAUGUUACCAAUCUUCAAAUGGAAAGAACUUUAAGAGUUAAAGGAGAAAGUCACAUUGGAGGAGUUAUGCUUAAUUUAGUGGAAAAUUUAGAUAUCAAACUAGAUUGGUCAGAUCAUGCUUUAUGGUGGCCAGAUAGAAACCUGUGGUUAACUCGUACAAGGUCUACUUUAGAUCAGUAUGCUGUCCAAGCUGAUGCAUUUCUACAUUUUACACCCAUGCAUAAAACACUCAGGGUACAACUUCCAGAUCUGCGAUAUUUAGAUUGCAGAGUUGACUUCUCAGUUAAUACAUUUACUGCAGUUAUUCAGUUGUGUAAAGAAUUGGGGAUAAGGCAUCCAGAAGAGUUGUCAUUUUGCAAACCUCUUGAAUCUCACCAUCUCAAGUAUAAUUGGAAAGAUUUGAAACAUAAUAAACGAAAUAAAGAAACCAAUGGUAAAAAUGGACCAAGUGACGGAAGUAUGUUUAUUUCUAAUCAGAGUCCUUCAGGGUCUACUGGGUCUUUGGAUAAAUCUUUGACACCUUUUGUUUGCGGAUCAAGUUCAAUAAAAGCUCAACCUUCACAUCCUGCCAGGACGCAUGAUGGUGCAUGGAAUCUGAACCAUGAUAAUGUGAAUAUUGUAUAUUCUCCCAAUGGAAAUAUACCCAACAUAGAUAAGGUCAAUGGAAGUGCUGUUUUACCACUAUCUCAGAGUCCUGUAAUGCCCAGUAAUAAAGCUCGUGCCAACUUGCUGAGACCUAAAUCACUUGUUGAAAGAGCAAGAAUGAAUUGGGUGUGGUUGGAUUCAUCACUUUCUAUAAUGGAGCAAGGAGUUCAAGAAUUUGAUAUUUUGCGUUUACGCUUCAAGUUCUAUUGUUUUUAUGAUUUAAAUCCAAAAUUAGAUAGUGUUAGAAUAAAUCAGAUAUAUGAACAAGCCAAGUGGCAAUUACUCAAUGAUGAACUGGACUGUACUGAAGAAGAAGCUUUGAUGUUUGCUGCUUUACAGGUGCAAAUUAAUCUGCAAUCUACCAUACCACAACCUUCUCUUGAUAAUAAUUCUGCUCAGUCAGCUGGAGAUGAUGAUAUUGAUGCUGCCCUUAGUGAACUACAAGUGACUUUGGAAGGAUCUCACAUUAACUCUCUCAGUAAUGACAUAACACAAGUUCCAGAACUUUACGAUUACCUUCGUUUUCUGAAGCCAAAACGUUUUACUCUGAAAGCAUAUAAAAGGUUUUGGUUCACAUAUCGAGAUUUGAGACUGAGAUUAUAUAAAAGUAAAGAAGAUUUUAAUUCUUCAAAUGCUACUCCUAUUUAUGAUAUAAAUCUUAGAGGAUGUGAAGUUACACCAGAUGUUUGUUUAACUCAAGGGAAAUAUGGCAUUAAAGUCGAGGUACCAGGUCCAGAUGGAAUGUCUGAAAUGUAUAUUCGUUGUGAUACUGAAGAACAGUAUGCAAAAUGGAUGGCAGCGUGCCAAUUAGCAUCUAAAGGUAGGUCUCUAGCGGAUAGUUCUUAUGAAGCUGAAGUGGCUACGAUAAUGGCUUUUAUACAAAUGCAACAUCCGACACCAGCACCUGCCAUUACGGCUGCUCCUUUAGAUAUAGUUCCUGAGGAUUAUAUGCCCCCUAAGUUCGUUAAAAGGCUGAAAGGAAAACUUGUUAAUCGGAUUUCUGAGGCUCAUGCUAAUGUGAAAAACCUUUCACUGAUUGAUGCUAAGAUGCAUUAUAUCAAAGCAUGUCAGUCAUUGCCUGAUUUUGGCAUUACACUCUUUGUUGUGAAAUUUGAGGAAUCAAAGAAAGAAGAAUUGCUUGGAGUUGCUUUUAAUCGUAUCAUGAGAAUGGAAAUCAAUACUGGUGAUUUGAUAAAAGCUUGGAGAUAUAAUACAAUGAAGAACUGGGAUGUGACCUGGCACACAAAAGUGAUGAAAAUACAAUUUGAAAAUGAAGAAAUUGAAUUUGGUUGCUUGUCUGCUGACUGCAAAGUUAUUCAUCAAUUUAUUGGAGGGUAUAUAUUUCUUUCAAUGCGAUCAAAAGAAGCAAACCAAACACUUAAUGAAGACCUGUUUCAUAAAUUAACAGGUGGCAGGGCAUAACUCCGAAACAGAAAAAAUAUACUUUCUAUUAUUUAAAGUUGUAUUCAUUGUAGCUUUAAAUUACAAAAAAUUAAUAUUAAGGUGCUAUUUUAUUUUUUGUUGACCCAUGGUGUUUUUCAUUUUCAAUAAUGGAAUUAUGCACACACUUUUGUAAACCAGUCAAUUUCAACUAGCAGUAUCAAGAAGUUUAUAAUGCUAAAGAUAUUGUAAAUAUAUAUAUUGAACAUUCUAAUUAUUUUAUUAAGUUUUUCUACUAGUAUUCUAAUUCAUGUUUAAUAUUGAAAUAUUCAACUUUGGAUAACUACUGUUGGCCACUAACUUGUGCUUUUGCCUAGAAAUAUUAACUAAUAAAAUUACUCUUUGUUAAAAUUUUAACUUUAGAUCUAUCCUUUUGCUUCUGAAAUGAAUAACUUGAUUUGAUAAAUCAUAUUAUGUAAUAUGUCUAAGAAUGACAGUAAUUAUAGAUAUCAGAAUUUUAUUUGUGUGCUAAAUUUCAUUAUUUGUUAAUGGUUGGUU